AUGAAUCUAGAUCUGUCUUCUGUGUUUAAGAUGAUCGGGCGUGGAACAUUUUUCGCUCUGACAGUCACCCAAGGCCUCCUGCUUGCCUCUUAUCCAGCGAAAUACACAGAAAAUGAUUAUUGGUAUGGCAUAGCGCUUACUCUGUACAGUCCAUCGAUGAUCCUGUGGCUCUGUCUUGUGUUACCCAAGCCAUCUAGACUGGAGGCAAACCUAAGUUGGUCAUUUGGUGUAUGGGGUUUGUAUAUUUUCUCGGGAUUGAUUCCAAGCAUUGGCAUCGUCUUUGGAGGUGCAGGAUACCUCGAAUCAUUCAACACGACUGUAAAUGCCACUGAUUGUGAUGCUCCUCUACGAGUUUCUAACGAAACAGCAAAUUUAACGCUGUGUGAUGAUCUUUUAAGCAAAGCA